GUUUCGGGUUUAAGGUUGAUAGAUUCACUGAUCAGCACUUCUCUGCGCAACAAGCCAGGGAAGACAACGACAGGCGCAUGGAAAGCAGGAUUUCUUUCAGAAAGCUGCGCCCACUGACUCUGAACUGAACUGAAAACGGAAACUUCUGAUGCAUGUCACCUAAGGUAGCCCUCUGGUCGUGCAACCUUGCAAAAGGGUGCUGGCGAAACGUGCAAUCGCCUGAGACCAUCCAGUUUGUUCUUGCUUUCCUUGGGCCAAGAGUAAGGGAGACUUCGCAUCGUAUCUGCAAGGGUUCCUUCCUUGCCCCCCUUUAAACCCCAGUUUUAAACUGCCCCAACACAAGUAUAAAACCAUCAGGUGUGUCCCUUGUCAUCCACACCGUCCCAUACCGACAGACCGACCGACCGAGGACAUCAAGAAACCUCGGAGAAAGCCUCUCGCAAGCCGCGGCAGCGAACCAUGGGUGUUCUUGGUGCCCUUGCCAGGCAUUUGGAUUCCCUUGUUGGCCCAGGAAUCAUGCUGCUUUAUCCGCUGUACGCGUCGAUGCGCGCGAUCGAGAGCCCUUCUUCCUUGGAUGAUCAGCAAUGGCUCACCUACUGGGUGCUGUACUCCCUGAUCACCCUCUUUGAGCUCUCAUGCUGGAAGGCUCUCCAGUGGCUCCCUCUGUGGCCAUACAUGAAGCUCCUCUUCUGCUGCUGGCUGGUGCUGCCGAUCUUCAACGGCGCGGCCUACAUCUACGAGACGCACGUCCGGCGCUACUUCAAGAUCGGGCAGUACGUGAGCCCCGGCUACAGCGAGAGGCAGAGGAAGGUGCUGCAGAUGAUGAGCCUCGACGCGCGCAAGUCCGUCGAGCGCUUCAUCGAGACGCACGGCCCCGGCGCUCUGGAGAAGAUCAUCCAAGCCGCUGAACAGGAAGCCAAGAGAGCCUAGGUUUAUUUAGCGUGUGGUGAGGUGGAAGGCAUUCUUUCAACCGGGAGAAGAGAAACGAGUGGAAAUGAAAAUGGCUGCCGUGUGCUGUGAUCAAUAUGCUUCAGCAGCUGUUAUCCUUGUGCCGUGUGUUUGUAUUUGAUCUGUUGGUUGGACUUGGCAAGAUACCUUGCUGUACAUAAGAGAUGAUGAAUGAAACAUUCAGGCUAUACAUGUGAAAUGUGAUGUGAUGUACUCAACACGAAA